CAGAAUCUCCGGAUAAUGUGCAUGCUUUUAGCACACCUGCUAGCUAAGUUUACAUAUAUAGCUCCAGCCUGCGCGCCCUUUCGAGAACCUUAUUCUGAUUAAAGCCUAUUUUACUACCAAAUGAAAGAGAGAAAAUGAGAGGAAAAUUGAAGUUGAUGGUUUCAGCUGUCUUCCAUGGUGUUGGACAUGGAACCUGCAGACUCUACAGUGGACGACCUCCUGCACCACUAGGAGCCAGAAUUCUUACCAACCACGAUGACAUCUUCCAGCAUAACAUGUGGGAUCAUGUUCAGUGGUCAGCAGAGGAGAUGGAAAAAGCCAGACAGAAGGCAGAGGACAACUCCACAGAACAGAUUCCAGCAGAAGAGCAAGUCAGCUUUGAUAAAGAUGCCAACAAGUACUGGAACAGAUUUUAUGAACUACAUCAGAACAAGUUCUUCAAAAAUCGUCAUUGGCUUUUUACUGAGUUCCCUGAGCUCUUGCCCAAGGGAUUUAUGACAAGCUGUAACCCAGAAGAACAGGAGGUAACUAAGUUCAGUAUGGAAGUCCAGCAGGAAGACUCACUUGCUCAAAACCAAAAUGUAAUUAGAAAGAAAUAUCAUCAGCAGCACCCUGAUUACAAUUCUACAGUGGAACCUCACCAUGCUGCUGCUUUCCCUGGCCAACACACAUCUUUCAGGAUACUGGAGGUGGGCUGUGGUGCAGGCAACAGUGUAUUUCCCAUCAUCAACACCAUAAGGAGCAUUGAUGCGUUUCUUUACUGUUUUGACUUUUCAUCACAAGCAAUCAAACUUGUUAAGGAUCACCCAGACUAUGACCCUGCAGUGUGCCAUGCAUUUGUACAUGACGUUUGUGAUGAUGUGUCCCAGUUUCCCUUUCCUCACGAGAGUCUAGAUGUUAUUCUUGUGGUUUUUGUUCUCUCCUCCAUCCACCCUGACAGGAUGCAGGGAGUGCUGAAUAAACUAGCAGGCUACCUGAAGCAUGGGGGCAUCAUGCUAUUCAGAGAUUAUGGCAGAUAUGACCUGGCUCAGCUUAGAUUCAAAAAAGGUCAGUGUUUGUCUGAAAAUUUCUACACAAGACAAGAUGGAACUUGUGUAUACUUUUUUAUUAAAGAUGAGGUCCAUCGGCUGUUUACUAACGCAGGUUUGGAGGAGGUUCAGAAUCUGGAGGAUAGAAGACUUCAGGUGAACAGAGGAAAGAAAAUAGUUAUGCACAGAGUUUGGAUGCAGAGCAAGUAUCAAAAACCUUACAGCUCAUCAAAGACCUCCAAACAUCAACAAGAAAACAAUCAGUGGAAUCAUUUAUGUGAAAACAUGUCUGCAGAUUACAAAACCUGACUAUGAACAGAGCUAUAUUUUUUGUACUGAUUGUUUUUUACUGUUAUUUUUAUCAGUAAUUUAUUAAUGUUUAUUGAUUGUAAUAGUUUGUCAUUAAAUAAA